CCGGGCGCCGCCCGUGAGGGCCCGGGAAGAGGAAGCUCUGGGGAAAGAGCAGAGGGCGGUGACGGUCGCUGCCCGUGGCCGGUGGCGGUCGCUGCUGAUGGCCGUGGGCACACGGGCUGUCCGGAGCCAUGGCCCUGCAGCCGCCGCCUCUCGCACUCAGGGCGGGCUCGCCCCCGGCGCUCUACAUCCACAGCAUGCCCGCCUGGGUGCUGGAGGACUUCUGCCAGAAGAUGGACUGCUUGAGCGACUACGACUGGAUGCGAUUCGCCUCCUAUGUGAUCACUGAUCAGACAGAGCUACGGAAAAUCAAGUGCAUGGAGAAGACAGGGAUCAGCAUCACGAGGGAGCUGAUGUGGUGGUGGGGAGUGAGGCUGGCGACGGUGCAGCAGCUGCUGGACCUGCUGCAGGGGCUGCAGCUUUACCGAGCAGCUCAGGUCAUCCUGGACUGGACAUCAGCCUCUGACAUCAGCAGCUCUGAGAAAGAAGAGCCACAGCCACUCAAACAGAUCAUAUCUGCACUUCCCACGGAAGGCAAAAGGAGAGAGAAGGAAAAUGCCAUAAGUUUGUUGCCAUCCCCAGACUCCUCACACCUGGGAGCACUCCCAGCAGGCAUUUCAGGUGCUGUUUCUGGAGGAGCCUUGUAUUCCCUCCCUGCUCCACCACCUCCCCCAAGAGACCUUUUGAAUUCCCUACAGUCCAAUCCUCCUGUUUUAUCCAGUGUGAAGCCUUGCAGCUCUGCUACUCCUCGGCAGGAGACGAUGGCUGAUCUCCCCAGCGGGAGUCUCCUGUGGACCCAGAGGGAAAUUGCUAAUGCCACAAACAGCUUCAGUGACAAGAACAGAAUCUGUGAAGGCACUUUUGCAGACGUCUACAAAGGUCAGAGGAACAACAUGGUGUUUGUCAUCAAACGACUCAAAGAGCUGGAAUGCACAAGCCCAAAUUCCACCCAGAGGUUCUUCCAUACAGAAGUGCAGAUUUGCUUUCGGUGUUGUCACAUAAACAUUCUGCAGCUGCUGGGGUUCUCAGUGGAAACUGGAUUGCACUGUCUGAUAUAUCCAUACUUGCCCAAUGGCUCCCUGCAAAACAAGCUUCAGUGCCAGGAUGAUUCUGCUCCACUGACCUGGGAGAUGCGAAUUAGCAUUUCUAUAGGAAUUGUCAAAGCAGUGGAGUAUUUGCAUAAUUUUGGAAUUCUUCAUGGGAAUAUCAAGAGUUCAAAUGUCUUGUUAGAUGAAAACUUUACACCAAAGCUUGGGCAUUCUGGCCUGCGUUUGCAUUCCUCUGAUAAAAAAACAGAAUAUGCCAUGAUGAAAACCAAAGUCCUACAAGCUUCUCUUACUUACCUGCCAGAAGAUUUCGUCAGACAUGGGCAGUUAACAGAAAAAGUGGAUCUGUUCAGCUGUGGUGUGGUUUUAGCAGAGAUACUGACUGGGAUUAAGGCACUGGAUGAAGACAGGCACCCAAUUUACCUGAAAGAUAUGAUUGCUGAUGAAAUUCAAAUAGCAAAAGAAAGCUCAGACUCCAAAGGAAAAAAUUUGGAAAAACUGGCUGCCAAGGAAAUCUGCUGCAAAUACCUAGACAAAAAAGCAGGGCACUUGCUGGAAGAGGUGGCUGUUGAUUUUGCAACAUCUAUCUGCCUUUGCCUGAAAAAGAAGAACUCGAACAUAGCAGAGGUACUUGAAAUUAUGGAAACGGCUGAAAACAAAUUGAAAGGGCAUUACAUCUGUGGAAGCAGCACUUCUGGAUUCUCCAUGAACACUCCAGAAGAAACUGAUGACGAGACAGCCAGUCUGAGCGUGGACAUGCCCUGUGCAGUGGGCAGUAGAGAGCAGGGCAGCCCCGCAGCAGCCCUGAGCAGUGGCAGCCCCUGCGUGCCUGUGGUGGCAGCUCCCGACACCCGUGGCCUCUACGUGUCCCGCAUCCCUUGCGAGUCAGAUGAGUCCAGCAGCUUCCCCUGGAAUCCCCCAGAAAAACCCACUGAGGGCUUCCCUGGCCCCAGCAGUGGCAGUGCAGAGAAGGUGCCAGCCUGUGGUGACAGGGUGAAAGAGGGAAAGGCUGCAGCUCUGCAGGAGAGGAGCCUGGCGUGCACCACGGGCGAGGGCAGCCUGGAGACAGCAGCUGCUGCUCAGGGCACCUGUCCACAGGAGAGCACAGACCUGGACUCCUCCUGUGCUCCACAAGCCAUAGCCAGAGAGACAUCUUGGAAUAUACAGAUAAAUGAUCAAAAAAAGAAGCUCAUGGAAAAUAUUUUGCUGUAUGAAGAAGACAAGUUAAAUAGUUCUGAACUUUUUGAAUCAUAAAUUGGAUGGAUUUAUGAGCAGUGGCCAGCCCAGAAGAACUAAGGGGUGGCUCCUCAUUACAUAGGUGGUAAAAUCGUACCUUUCACGUAAGAUUGGGUAGCAGAUUUGGAUCAGGAACAUUAGCCCCGACUGAAGGAAACAAGAAGUACCACAUGGAGAAGCACCAGAAAAUACCUGCUGUGUAGCAGAUUAAAGCACAGUCCCAGUCUGCACACAGAAGUGCCUCCUGCCUGUUCAUCUGCAGUGUGAAAAGGAAUGGCAAACACGAGUGCCAAAGCAGUCUGUGAUUCAUCUGCAGUGUGUUUCAGGAAACAUCUGUUGGUGUCGUUCAGCCGCAGUCCCAGGAGCUGCAGAGCAAACACUGGCCACUGGCCAGGCAGCAGCAGCAGCACCUGUUUUCCCACCGUGCCCAGCAGGCAGGAAUCCUCAGUCCUUGGAGGGGUUUUCCAGUGACCCUCCCACUCCAAGUAAUCUUAGUCACAAGCCACUGCAUUAGCAGGGAGGGGGAUGUUUACGCAGGUUCUCAGAGUGUCGUACAUGGCUUCAUCUCAGUUUGGGCUGCACUGGCCCCAGGUGUAAGUAAAUAACUUCAGCCACUUUCCUCUGCCCUCUGAGCUUCUCUCCCACAUACACAUGUGACACCACAUGUCCAACCUUUCAGUUCACUGCUGGGAGCUCUAAGACCAUGUUUAAUACUUCAUAGGAGUAUUUUUGGGAAUUAUUUUUUUCUGAGUGUCCUUUACAUGGUAAUGUUUCUCACUGUGUUUCACAUGGUAACUGUUGUAUAUUGUGGAUUAGGGAAAAUAUUUUAAUUUAAAAUAGCUUUGAUUUUUUAAUAGGACACUUGAAACAUAAUUUGUUGUAUUUAUUUUGGCAACAGGUCAAAUAUAAGCUAAUUGGGGGACUUGAUGGUUCCACACUCACCAGGCAUUCUCAGAGGAAUCCUUGUGGGUGUCCCUUGGUUCAUCCAGCAGGAGCCUUGGUGUCAGGCCCAGGGAUCACAUGCAAGAGAAAAAACAGAAACUUGUAUGCUGGUGUAUUUAUGAUCAAGUUAAGCCCCCUUAAGAAAGUAUCACUUUUGUUUCUAUGAUAUUUAUUGUUUGUACUAUUGCUAGCAUAUUCCAUUUGUGUGCAGUGUAGGGAAAACCAGGUUUAUUAUCAGAGAAUUGCCAGAGUAUGUAGCUGAGGUUACAGACAGGUGAGCUCCCUCCUGAGCAAAGGGAACAGGGCCUGACGUGCAGAAAUGGCUGCAAUUCACAGUGCAGUUCAGGGAACAAAAAUAAAAUUAAUUAUAUGCAAUUGUUUUCAGUGGAAUUGUGUACUAGUAUGUAUUCCUAGCUUUACACAAAGGCCUCACACCUUCUAUUUUUGUACAGUACCUAGUUCAUUGUAUGUAUUGUUAUAAGCAAAUUGUUCUCUACACUAAAAACUGGUGAAAUUCUUUAAUUAUAAGUGCCUUGGAUACUUUGUAUUUACCAGAGUCAGAUUUUUUUUUAUUUUACCAGAAUCAAACCAAGAUUAGUACUGACAUGAGAAACGUUGUAUACUCAGAUUGGUCAAUAACUGCUUAAUUCUACAGUAGAUUUAAUCAAGAUAACUUUAUGGCGCUGAAAAUGUAACAUUCAUUGUUUUUCACGGGUGUAUUCUGGGGUUCCCAUGGUAAAAUCCUCCUGUGUUUUCCAGAAAGGAAUGGACACGGACACACUGCAGAGCUGAGUGGGAAACCCGAGUUUUGAACUCAGAAAUGCAGUUUGUGCACAGUUCUGUUUCACAAAAGUGCUUUAGAGAUUUUUUUCUCAUGUAGUCACCAAAUGGAAUUGUUAUUCUUUGUCUUGUGCCCUGACAGCUUUAAAUAUUCGGAGGUGAUUUCGGUAGUCUUACAGAGUUACCUAAAUAUUUAGUAUGACAUACAUAAGACACUGUGUGGUCUUGCAUUAACACCGUUAUGUAACUUGGCAGUUCAGAAUCCAGUUAUACGUUAUCAUUUACUAAUAGCUUUGUGAAUAA